AUGACUACCAUAAAACACUUAUUGCUUAUUUCCACCCUGCCAAAUGUCAUUUCAACACUUCACAUACUUUUCUACAUUUUGCUGCUCGGAAAAUCGCAUAUCGAUUUUACGGAUUCCCUAAUCGACUCGCUUGUAGAGAAUGGUCAUACUGUAGACCUAAUAAUCGCUCGAAUGAAUAGCCACGUCACAACAAAUGGAUCAUCGAAAGCUUCUAGAAUCUAUUCUUAUGGAUUUCAAGAAGAAAGUCCAUGGUCCAAAACACCCCAUUUAUUGGACCCAUUUCAGCCGAGGGUCAGAACUUGGAUGGAACACGAACACUAUAUGGGCGUGGCCACGGAUUUGUGUGAAAUUGGACUAGGCGAUCCGGGUCUACAUGCAUUUUUGGCCAACCAAAUGUACGAUAUUGGAAUUGCGACGGAAUACGAUUACUGUGGAUUAGCACUAAUGAAGUACUACAGUAUACCGAGUACGGUAUCUGUGAGUUCUUUGGCAGUGCUCGACCAACAAAGUAUCAAUGCUGGAAUGCCGAAUUCUGCGGCGGUCACUCAAGCCAUUUUUGAGACUGAGGACCUCACAACAUGGUUUGGAAAGCUGAAAAAUCUAAUAAAUUGGACCCAUAUCAAUUGGAUCGUCCAUCCCUACUGUCGAGAAGUCCAAUUUAAAUCGAUUCGCAAAUUUUUCGGGUCAAAUUUUGAGCUGAGCAGUUUAGUGGAGUCGAUCGAUGUGCAAUUUGUCAAUUCCAAUGAGCUCAUUGAUCUACCACGUGUUGGGACCCCGAAAAUGAAGUAUAUUGGAGGGAUCAAUUUGAAAAAAUCGAUCAAAAAAUUGGAAAAAUCGAUUGAAGAAGUGAUUGGUGAUGUGAAAGAGGGUAUUGUAGUGUUUUGCUUCGGAACUCAGGUCCCCUCCAAUUUGUUCCCAAUAGAAGUCCGGAAAUCGUUUGCCGGCGCAUUCCGACAAUUUCCAGAAUUCACAUUUGUCUGGAAAUACGAGCUACAGGACGGGGAUGAGCAAUUAUUCCAGAAUAUUACAAAUUUGAAAUUUUUGAAAUGGCUUCCACAGACCGAUUUGUUGAACGACCACCGCACGAAAGCAUUUAUUUCUCAUGUUGGCUUGAACUCAUAUCUAGAAUCUUCGUACGCUGGAAUUCCAAUUCUAGCCAUUCCCCUUUUCGCCGAUCAACCCCAUAAUGCCCAUAGUGGAGAGUCGAUUGGGACCACUUAUGUGUUGGAUAAAACAGACUUGACUACUGAAAAUAUUAUAAAAGGGCUGAAAGCGGUACUCCAUGAUCCUAGCUAUCUUCAAAACGCCAAACGCAUCUCAAAAAUGCUGCACGAACGUCCGAAUCCACCAAAAUCGAUAUUCGUCGAAUGGGUGGAGUACGCUGCUCGGAAUCCGCUGCUCCAUCGAAAUCUAAACCUCCCCUCUCAGAAAAUGACCGUAAUCCAGUAUUACUGUAUUGAUAUUCUUGCCGGUUGUGUAGUUUUUGUAGUUUUUGUAGUCUUUGUAGUUUGGAAAAUGUUGAAAUUGGUUUUGGAGCGAAUUUCAAGGAGAGCGAAUGUGAAGAAAUUGAAGAAAAUUCAAUAA